AUGGCUGACCUGAGGGCGGGCAAAACGGUAAUUGUAGAUCGCUACUACUACUCCGGCUGCGUGUACUCGGCCGCCAAACAGAAUCCUAGUUUAUCGCUGGAAUGGAGUCGGCAUCCAGAGGUCGGUCUUCCACGGCCAGACUUGUGCGUCUUCCUUGAUAUCUCGGCCGAAGAGGCUGCGAAGAGGGGCGGCUAUGGAAGCGAAAAGUAUGAGAAGAAGGAGAUGCAGGACCGUGUGAGGGAGCUAUUUGAGAUGAUGAUGAGUAGGGAAGAGGGAGGUUGCGGCGAGGAUUAG